AUGGAAAAGUAUGAAAAACUUGAGAAGAUUGGCAAGGGAGCUUAUGGAGUGGUGUACAAGUGCCGCAAUUGCGAUACCAAUGAAAUUGUUGCUCUGAAGAAAAUGAAGAUGGAUAAACCAGACGAGGGAGUUCCUUACACAGCUGUCAGAGAGAUUUCUCUCUUGAAAGAGAUGCAGCAUGAGAACAUAGUAAGGUUGCUGGAUGUUGAGCACACUGAGAAGAGGUUGUAUCUUGUAUUUGAAUAUCUGGACUUGGAUCUGGCGAAACACAUGGAGUCUAGCCCAGAAUUCUCGAAGGAUCCUCGCCUCAUUAAAAUGUUUCUGUAUCAAAUACUAUGUGGUGUAGCAUAUUGUCAUUCUCACAGAAUCCUCCAUCGAGAUUUGAAGCCUCAGAACCUGCUGAUUGAUCUUCGUACUAAUACAUUAAAGCUUGCAGAUUUUGGAUUGGGCAGAGCAUUAUCCAUUCCUCUUGGGACACUUACGCACCAGACGGUAACUCUAUGGUACAGGGCCCCAGAAAUACUACUUGGAUUACGGAAGUAUUCUACUCCUGUUGAUGUUUGGUCAGCCGGUUGUAUAUUUGCAGAGAUGGUGAACCAGAAGCCCUUGUUUCCUGGGGAUACUGACAUUAAGCAAAUCAGCAUGAUUUUCAGUGUUAUGGGAACGCCUAAUGAAGAUACAUGGCCCGGAGUCACAGCUCUGACUGGUUUAAUAUAUACAUUUCCAAAAUGGCUUCCUAAGGACCUUGCUACUGUGGUUCCAAAUCUUGAUGCUGUUGGUCUGGACCUACUUGAGUGCACAUGUAUAUAUAGCCAUUUAUGCUUCUGGGGUGAGGGAGAUUACACGACCAUGUUGCUGCGCGACGCUACUGAACGGCAGCGUCGCAGCAGCAUCUGCUGUCGAUUCACACCGCCGUCAGCUUCAUUAUUGUCACUUUUCACUCCCACCGAACAAAUUCGGCCAGAUAAGAACGAGGGAGAGGACGGAGGCCAGUUGGUCUACGUACACGAGCCAGGGGAAGCAGCUGUAGAAGACCGAAGAGGAUUGAAUACUACAAUUGAAACCUGUGUCAUAGAAAAACUUGAGAAGAUCGGCCAGGGAUCUUAUGGGAAAGUGUACAAGGGUCGUGAUAAAGAGACCAAUGAAAUUGUUGCUCUGAAGAAAAUCCUGCUAGAGAGACCAGACCAGGGUUUUCCUGGCACAUCAAUCAGAGAGAUUUCUAUCUUGAAAGAGAUGCAGCAUGCAAACAUCGUAAGGUUGCAGGACGUUGUGUAUACUGAGGAGAAGAGUUUGUGUCUUGUAUUUGAAUACAUGGACUUGGAUCUGAUGAAAUACAUUGAGUCUUGCCCAGAAUUCUCAACAGAUCCUCGUUUGGUUAAAAUGUUUCUGCAUCAAAUACUACUUGGCGUUGUUUAUUGUCAUUCUCACAGAAUCCUUCAUCGAGAUUUGAAGCCUCAAAACCUGCUGAUUAAUCGUAGUACUAAAACAGUAAAACUUGCAGACUUCGGAUUGGCCAGAGCAUUCAACAUUCCUGUCUGGACAGUUACGCCCAAGACGAUGACUCCAUGGUACAGGGCCCCAGAAUUACUACUUGGAUCACAGCAGUAUUCUACUCCUGUUGAUGUUUGGUCAGUUGGUUGUAUAUUUGCCGAGAUGGUGAACCGGAAGCCCUUGUUUCCUGGAAUGUCAGAGAUUGAUAUAAUCUUCAUGGUUUUCAGAGUUUUGGGAACCCCUGAUGAAGAUACAUGGCCGGGAGUUACAUCUCUGUCUGAUUUUAAUACUACCUUUCCAAAAUGGCCUCCUAAGGACCUGGCAACUGUGGUACCAAAUCUCGAUUCGGCUGGUCUAGACCUCCUUGGUAAAAUGCUGCGCUUGGAUCCCAGAAAAAGAAUCACUGCUAAAAGUGCUCUUGAGCAUGAGUACUUCAAGGAUAUUGAACACAUCCCCUGA